AUGAACGAGAAGAUCCAUCAGGUAACCAGUGCGGCCCCGCAAAUCGAGACCAUACUCGCCGCAACAUCACGCACCCCUUUCACUAGCGCUCUGACUAGUGUGCAACUCGGAAAGAUAGAGAAGCUGCGCCUACCCGAGUACAAACCCGGCAGAGACCAGGUGGAACACAUGAUAGCUUUCAACAUCGCGAUGGCGCGGCCUCGACUCCCCGACGAAGAAAGGGACGCAGGCUACUGCCAACUGUUCGUCGAAACUCUCCACGAGCAAGCCCUAACCUGGUUCUCCCAGUUAGAGGAAAACUCCAUCGGAAGCUUCCGCGACUUGUCAGCAGCUUUCCUCAAGACUUACAUUAUGUUCACCAAGCGCAGCGUUACCGCCUCUAGCUUGUGGAACCUUAACCAAACCAAAGACCAGAGCCUCCGCGACUACAUGGAGAAGUUCAAGGCCGUAGUCUCGAGGAUUGAAAUUCCAGACGGUAUUGCCAUCGACGCCCUGCGGAACACAUUGUGGGUUCGUUCUAAAUUCCGAGAGGAUUUAUACCAAAACCCAACUACGUCACUCCAGGAUGCUAUCGCGCGCUCUGAUAAUUUCAUCCGAAUGGAAGAAGAUACUAACGCCAUUCUCAGCAAGAUGAACGCACCCAAAGCUCCAGCGGCUAAAAACACCAACACGCGUCAAGAACCGCGCCAGCAUGCUCCAAUCGACAAAAACGGCCGCAAAGACGGAUACAUGUAUGUCGUCAAUGAGAACAACGUGCCGGUUUCAACUCUCGUAGUCCGCAGAGAAGGAUGGAAUAAGUGGGUAAGGGAGCUCGAUUCGUCCGACAAACCAGUCGACGCCGUUUGCUCGACCCAGACUACAACAGCAGCAGGUUCAGCGACAGGACCUUCCAGAACCGUCGAUCUCACCAAACACUGCAAAUAUCACGACGUCAAAGGGCACGAUACGACAGAGUGCAAAUCACUCUAUGCGCACUACCUCUCAUCCCUAGAAAGUGGCGACUUCAAGUUCGAACCCUUAAAGGCUAAGCCGAAGAACGGCAAGAGCUGGAGCAAGAAUAAAGAAAGGAGAGCCCAGCGCAAAGCUACAGGCAAAGGUCGACAUAGCGAAACUCAACAACGAGAUGACGAGGAGGAUGCUCCGAAGAAUAACGGCGAGGGAGACUCCUCAGCCGACGAAGAGCAACCAGCUAACCGCAGACGCAUUGAGGUCAUACUCUCUCAGCAAACCUUGUCGUCGGACGAUGAGAACGAUGACACACCUGUACUCAAAGAUUUGAGAGAUGUUCUGAAACGAAAGUUCGAAUCCGAAAAUAGCAACAGCUCCACGCACAAUGAUCUCCGAACAACGUUGAAUGCAUGGAAGUCCCGGCGUAUCUCACCAGGUGACCCCGAUCCCAAAGAACGCUCGAACGGUGACCUUCGAGAUAAACUCAACGCAGGAGCAUGCGAUCUUCGAAUCCGUCUCAAUCGUUCGAAACCCCCUGACCUCCGAAGGCGUUUGGAGAAAACUAAGACGUCAAGCAACGACACUCCAUCAUAA